AUGUUAGCUGCCUGGGCUCCCUACUUCGACGAUAUGGAUGCUAUCAUUUUCCUUGCGCCAAUAAGUUGCUUUGAUCAGGUUCUUGAGGAAGAUCACAAAGUCAAUAGAUUGGAAGAUUCCUUUAAGCUGUGGACAUUGAUUGUUUCAAAUGAACUUCUCAAGAACACCAACCUGAUAUUAUUCUUAAACAAGAUCGACAUUCUGCGCACGAAACUCUCAUCUGGAGUUCUAAUGAAGGACUAUGUCGUGUCAUAUGGUGAUCGUCCAAAUGAUGUCGACCAUACAGCGGCAUACCUGCGGAGGAAGUUUGGGGGUAUUUUACAUGAGCGAUCCCCAUCAACUCGUGUUUUCUAUUGCCAUUUUACGACAGUCACAGAUACCAAGUCGACAAAGUUGAUUCUCACAAAUCUUAAAGACAUGUUGAUGCGGCAAAACCUACUGAAAACCAAUCUUAUUAACUGA